AUGGCGGAGAAGCAACUUGCCGUUGAUAGCCAGGGGGCAGUUCACCUCGAGCAUAGCAGAAACGGCUCCUCCCCCGAGCACGAUGCCUCAUCUGAGAAACACGGGGAGCUCGAAGCGUCGAAUAUCCCACGAUACGAUGAUGCCCAAGUCAAGAAACUCAGGGCCAAAGUUGACAGGAGACUGCUGCCUCUCCUCACGGUCCUCUACGUUCUCUCCUUCAUGGACCGAUCCAACAUUGGCAACGCUAGAGUCGCGGGCAUGAACGUGGAUCUCAAACUUACCCCAGCGCAGUACAACAUGGCCUUGACCAUCUUCUUCUUCCCAUACGCUCUAUUCGAGGUGCCGAGCAACAUCGUUCUCAAACUCAUGAGGCCUUCUUGGUGGAUGGCCAUUCUUGUCGUAACUUGGGGAACUGUUCUAGUUCUACAAGGUAUCGUCAAGACAUAUCAGCAUCUCCUUGUCACACGAUUCUUUCUCGGCAUGGCGGAAGCCGGCUUCUUUCCUGCAGCGACGUAUCUCUUGACAACUUGGUAUGUUCGCUGGGAACUACAGACACGCCUGGCCAUCUUCUUCUCCGCGGCAUCUCUGGCAGGUGCCUUUUCUGGUCUUCUAGCCUUCGGUAUCCAGCAUAUGGAUGGCAUCGGAGGCCUCGGUGGGUGGCGAUGGAUCUUCAUCUUGGAGGGCAUCUUGACAGUCCUUAUCGGAUUGAGCAUUCCUUGGACACUUCCCGACUCUCCGAACAGCGCCAGCUUUCUGACAUCGGAAGAAAAGGAAAUCAUUCAUGGGCGUCUCGAACAGGAUGCUGGAACGUCCGCUGGUAAAGUUGGAACCGAGGGCUCAUUCCAGUGGAAAUACCUCAAGGAAGCAUUGCUCGACUGGAAGAUCUACCUUGGAUGUGUUAUCUACUGGGGCAACAGCAUUUGCAUCUAUGGCUUCAGCUUUGCUUCGCCUACCAUCAUCCUGGAGCUUGGAUAUACGGCUGCUCAGGCUCAACUCCUCACCAUUCCGAUCUACUUCCUCGGUGCCUGUUUGACCCUCUUCUUUGCCUACCUGGCAGACAGGCGUCGUAACCGAUGGCUGUUUAUCAUAAUCCCUUUUAGUAUUGCCCUAGUUGGAUUUGUUGGCCUGCUCUCCAUCCCGCACCCGCGUCUGCCGGGCUUGACCUACGCCUUUCUGUUCUGCAUUCCCAGUGGCCUCUACCCUGCAGUCAUUGGCUGUGUCUCAUGGGUUGGAAAUAAUCUUGCCCCUUCCUUCAAGCGAGCCAUCGGCAUGGCAUUGUUGAUGACCAUUGGUAACCUCGGUGGUGCUGUAGGAUCAAACAUCUUUCUUGCAAAGCAGGCACCUCACUACUGGCUGGGCUACGGGUUCUCCCUUGGAAUUCUGCUUCUAGGUGUUGUUUGUACUCUGAUCCUGCGUUUCGCGGUCAAGUCGAUCAAUAAGAAGAGGGAUCUCAUCCCAGAGGCAGACAUUCUAUCGCGGUACACCGAAGAUGAACUUAUGGAGAUGGGAGAUAAGUCGCCCUUGUUUAGAUAUGUCUCUUGA